AUGCCGAGGUUCCCAGUGUCCCCGUACUGGUCCUCAAACCCGAACAUUCCAAUAUUUCUCGACCAGGGCGAAGAUCGCGAGGAGCACAAGGAGCGCAAGGAGGAUAAGAACACGUCAAAUUCUGUACAGCCAAGACAUGUACCGGAGCAUGUUUGUCCUACCUGUGAAACAAGCUCGAGGGAUACGCCAAUCCACUGCGUGUCCGUAUCACCAGCCGCCGCACCGCCUUCAUACAACUCCAUCACCCCGCAAGUGCCACCAUAUCGACAACACCUAGCUGUACCUACCCUUACGAUUGAGACACCCCGCGAAAGUUGGUCCAGACCACAAGCUCCUAGCCGCACACUUCAGAUCGAUGAUGAAGGCAGACCGCAAGUUCGGUUCCGUCGGAAUGCCUUCUCCCCACUUUCUCCUACAACGACCGAGUUCGAUGAACUCGACUGGGGCCGCAAGAGCCAGGUUGGCUUGGGCAUCUCGGAUACACCUUUCAAACAUGACAUCAGUCCGAUCACGCCUGGUACAGCAGAGAGGAGAGGGGAAGAACGCAGCGAGAGCACGCAAAACGCUUCUAAUUUCGCCCAACGCGUCGAGCAGAAGCUCUGGAAUUAUACCUCCUCUCACAACGUCGUCAAGAGGUGGAUAAUAGAGAUCAUCAGCUGGACUUUGAGUGCCGCAUGUAUGGCUGGUAUAUGCGUGAUGCUCUUCGUCUACAAGAACAAAACCAUACCGAGAUGGCCCUUGGGUCUAACUUUGAACGCGUACAUUUCUGUCCUGGCUAAGGUUGCAUCCGCUGCUCUCAUGCUGCCUGUGUCAGAAGCGCUGGGACAAUUGAAGUGGAGUUGGUUUCAAGGCGACAGCUCGAAGAAGUUGUGGGACUUUGAGCUCUUCGAUAGUGCUUCUCGAGGUCCCUGGGGAUCUUUUCUUCUCCUUGUUCGCACGAAAGGGAAGACCCUCGCGGCUCUUGGUGCAGCUGUUACCCUUAUGGCUCUUGCUUUGGAUCCUUUCUUCCAACAAGUCGUUGAAUACCCGGAAGUCUGGCGACUUCAAGAGGGUCAAGGCGGUAUACAGAGAGCGUUUGGCUACGAACCUUUCGCCCAGGGUCAAGAAUUCCGGAACGGGACUCAAAACGUGGACACUGACGCAACUAUGACUGGAAUUGCAGCCCGAUUCUUCUACGACAACGGGACCAUGUCGGUCACGUUUGGAAGAGGUAUUCGCUCAGAAGUUCCCCUGGCAUGCCCUCACAGCAAUUGUACUUGGGAAACUUAUGAAACUCUUGGUGUCCACAGCGAGUGCGUAGAUGCAUCCGACAAGCUGGAAUUCAAAUGCCAGAGGGCAAAAUUGGAUUGGGUCCAGUUCCCCAACACGGACCCGGAGGGCGUCAUGGACUUUAUCUAUCCGAAUGGUUCUUCGUGUGGUUGGUGGCUCAAGGCAGACAAGCCCGUCCUCAUGAGUGGCUACAAUGUCGAUCGCAACUCGAAUCACUCUGGUGAAACUCUGAUCGUACGUGCGGAGCCCCUCUACGACAUCUUCUCGCGAAACUUCAUGCCCGGCUACGUUCCCAAGCUCAACAAUAGCCGCAAUCCAAUAUCGCAUACGGUCGUCGCGUCGGGCCUGACUUUGGAGAACAUCUAUAACAACGCCACUCCAAUAGCUCAUGAGUGUAUCGUUUCAUGGGCUGUCAAAACCCUGGAAUCCUCCUAUUCGGAGGGUGGUUAUGUGGAGAAGGUUACUGACGUUUUUGUCAACAACACCUUGACUGAAAGCCCUUGGCUUACAAGACAUAUCCCAAUGCCGAACAAUGCCAUGGAUCUAUGGGAGUACAUCUACCUAGAGAAUAUCACCAUGGUGAGCAAGAACGGAAACACCUACACCAUCGACAACGACACUCACCUCCUUACACUUUCCAUUUUUGACGAUGCGUUCCCAUCGUACUACACUCUGCUCAACAGUACGAACGAGGAUGACGCCAUGCUAAGCUACAAAAGAUGGAAAACCAUUGUGCCUUACACGCGCAACGUAACCUACAACCCUCUCUUAUACAACAACAUCUCAAAGCAUUUCGACAAUAUGGCUGAGGCUAUGACGAAUUUGCUACGUUCUGCGACAAAUGACGUUGAAAUGGUACUUGGUCCUUCUUACGACCAGGAGGCCAUUGUUGAAGUUCGCUGGUGGUGGCUGUCGCUUCCCUUGAGUUUGCUCGCGUUUACAGGCUUGUUCCUGUUGGCAACCAUACUAAGGAGUUCCAAGGAAAAUGGUGUCGUUGGGGUUUGGAAGACUUCCGCCAUUGCUACCAUUCUGUAUGGCCUGCCUGACCACAUGACAGAAAAGAUGAGGUCAGAAAAGGAACACGGAACUCCUCGAGCACAAGCGAAAAUGGUGAAAGUGAAAUGGAUACCGAAGCGGGGCUGGAGGUUUUCUGGUGCCAGCAGUGUCUCGCCAACUUCAGUUGCUGACCACAAACAUCGCCAUUCCUCAACGAGUUCAAUUGCAUCACACAAGCUCCGCCAAUCACCGCCAAAUGAAUGGAUAUGA